UGAGGGAAAAAAAUACUCCUGUGCAAAUCGAGCUUUCUGCAACUGGACUACUUGUAACUGAGGCCACUGUGGAGGAAUCUCCUGUAACUGAGGCCACUUUGGCAGUGUCUCCUGUACAGAAGACAGACAGUAAGACCCCUUCUAAGUCCUCAGCCUCAGCCUACCAGCUCACCCUCGACACCUGCACUAAAGGGGUAAUCAAACAGGUGAUCUCGGUGCUGAGGGUGGACACUUCAAAGGAAGACUGCUCCGCUUCCGUUGGGGAGAGCACGUCAAAUUCAUCCUUCGACUUCAACCAGAAGUUGGACUCGAUAAUUUCGAAAUUGGAGGACCUCACCAUUUCGAGUGAUGUGACGUCAGCCGAGAUUGCCACACUCACGCGAUCUCUUAGUGCAGCCAGCAGAACCUCUAACAUUUCCAUCCAGAGCUUUCACAGUGCUGAGUUCCGAGCUAAGGCCAAACACAUUGUGAGUGAGACCAUUCUCAGAGCUGCUAGCAAAGCCAGCCAUUCUUUGCUACAGAGCAUGCCUAGCACCACCUUCUCACACCAUGCGGUUUCUACAGCCGAAGAUAUAGUAAAUAUUAUCAUGCAAGACCUUGAAAGUGUAUCCCAGUACACUGUGGACGACGCAGACUCCUUCCCACUAGGAGAGAAAAAGCUGGAGUUCCAGCUCAAACCCAGAGUUGUCUUUGACAACUUAUUGGAUGCUGCUCAAACCAUGUACCACAGAGUAAAGGAUAGACUGAACAUCUUUUUCUCUUUUCCACCAGUGUCAGUCACCACAGCCAAAUAUGUGCUGGACUCCACCCCUGUGGAGACACUCAGACGUUCUAAGUCCGCUGACACUGCUCUUGUUGAGGACAGGAGCCGCCCUCCGUCUGUGAGAAGUGAGAAGCCUUUGUCAAAAAUCUGUUUGGCUAAAAGGUCUAAAACCCUUCUGUCUUCGAGUGGCUCUUCAACAGACCACCAUGUAAUUGACACAUGCAGUGAGGAUGUCACUCUGCCCACCAGGAGUAUGUCAGUUGUGAGCAACAACAUUUUGAAGAGAGCCUCUCCUCUCCACGGCAGUGGAUUGAGUGAAAGUUGCAAACCUCUUGUGGCUCUAAAAGACGUAACAGUGGCAGUCAGCCAAGAAGGCUUUAGCAAAACUGCAAAGAAGACGCUCAGCUUGAUCCUAAAUGUGAUCAAGUGUAGAGUGGCCAACUCUGAGAGUUCAUCUGUUGGGCAGAUUGCAAGUGAGGAGUGUCUGAUAGCCACUAACAUGUUAGACUCUGUACUGGAGAGCCUUGACCAGUUGCCUGACAUGAGCGCUGCCGAUGAAAUCACAAGGACAGAAUCCCAUACCUCUAUCGCAAUGGACGAGACAGGUUCACGGUCAACGCUUGUGAGCCAACAAGAAAUAAACAUAUCUGACACCAAUAUCAUAGUGAAAACUAUAAUGGACACAUUGAAGACGGACGACCCAGAGAUGACUUCAGCAGAAGAACAUCUGGAUAGGCUCCUGUCAGUUGAAGCCCUUCAAGGUGCAUCUGGCAACCUGAUCGCAAAGGUCCAUGGUCUCAUUCAGGAGAUAACCAUAAACCGCCAGCUUCAAUCCAUGGUUGGCCACAGAAGCCUCUCUCAACCAGCGCUGCCUAAACCAGCCCUGAGGAAGCUGUCAAAGGACGAUGCCUCAGAGCACAUUUACAACUUUGCCCAGACUUCUGUUAGGAGACUCCUGGGGCAGUGUAUGGGAGGGCCUAUGCCACCAUCGGCUGAAAUGGUUUUGGAUCAGGUCAUCAAGUUGAUGACAGACGUGGUGAUGGACAGCCUGACUUAUGUGUCCAAGUCUACAAUGGAGGAUGUUAUUGUACACAGGUCGGUCACACUAGCGUACUCUUCUCACUCAGACACCAGCAAUGCCACAAGUGACAUCACUCAUGGUGUUGUAGCUGACCUUAAUGCUACUGAGGAAUUCCCUGCCAGGAGCCUUAGCCCGGCUGAUGUAAAGGCUGACGGCAUGGCCCGUCUUCCCUCUGCCAGAGGGGAAGAGACUAAGAAGAACAGGAAGUGGCGUUUCCUACCGAAAAUGCAUAAGUUUCCAAAGAUCAUGAUUAAGCUGUUCAAGACAAAAGGGGAACCGAAGAGACACCCUGAACAGGAUGCGCUGCCUACCAAACGUCUCAGAGAGACUCAUAUUUCACAGGAUGCUGAGUGUGAGGUUCCAGAGGUUCCAUCCACUUCCCCACCCAAGGAGGACCUGACAACCACACCGGCCCCUGCUCCCCAGGAGUCCCAGUCCCGUAAACGCCCACUCAUAGUCAGGGUGUUACACGCUCUCUCCAGAGCCAUCUCCAAACCAUUCAGAGGAGCUUCUGGGAAGAACAAUUAGCCAAAUGCCUGAUUUUAUUAAUAUGAUAUUUUAAUCAGAGCCUUUAUUUAAUAAAACAUUACUGCAUUGAUUUCUGUCUAUAGUAGUCUUCAUGUAUGUGCAAGAUAACGGUAAAGUACUUCAAACCACAUAGUCAAAAGUAUUCAUAGUGAAGUACCGUUUAUGAUUAUUGAUUGUGGAAAUACACAUAAUACAGAAAAGUUGUUGUCACAUAUAAAGACAGACAUAAAGGAGAACUCCGUAGACCAGUCACAUUCUCAAGCCAUAACUAAAUCCAUGAAUGGAUCUCCUAUAAGAUGACAGGAGAACAUUUGUAACACUUUCUAUGAAGCCUAUAUCUAUAAUGCAUACACUCAAGUCAUUUACAUUUUACAUUUUAGUCAUUUAGCAGAAGCUCUUAUCCAGAGCGACUUACAGUUAGUGAGUGCAUAAUUUUUUUUUU